GGAAGAGUGAAGGGAUACCCAGUGGGCGGAGCUGGGAAUCUAACCCUUCUCCUCCCCAGGAUAAUAAUUCUUUGGUUUAGACUGAUGCUGGGGCACUGGCGCAGAAGACAAAAGGAGGAGGAAGGAGAGAGGUGGCAGCCCCACUGCCCCGCUCCCCGCGCCCUCUCACCUCCGCGGGCCGCUGGCACUUCUGUCUCUGGGCGCCGGCUGGGACGCCCCGGGUUGCCAGGCAACCGCCCCCCUCCCCGCUCGGAGCCCCCCCACCCCUUGUUCAGCUUGGCAACCGCGCGGAGGCGGUAGGAGCCGGCAGGUGCGGCCUGCUGAGGGGCGCUGCAGAUCACCUUCACGCCAUUUAGAAGUUAGACAUUCUAAUUCUGAUCAGAGUUCUGCAUCGACAUGACAAACAAAAAUUAGAUAAAAGAAAGAAGUAAACAAAUAUGGCAGAACCAUGGUGUCUUUGGCGUGUGCUUCUGACUGUGGUAGUGGCCUUGAUGUUCAUGGUUCCUGGGGCCCUUGCACAUCGUGACAAUAAGAAGAUGAUAUUGGCUGAAAAAGUCAGACAGCUGAUGGGACUGACCAAGAAAAACAGAGUGAUACGAAUGAAUGAUGACAUGUUCUCCCAUUUUGUACUAGACUCACCGAGAAACUACUCUGUCAUAGUGAUGCUUACUACUCUCCAGAGAUUUAAAACAUGUACAACGUGUGAAUAUGCUGUUGGAGAAUUUCAGAACCUAGUAAAUAUCUGGCAAGGUUCUGGUGUGUUUACCAAUGAGGUAUUUUUUGCUCUUCUGGAUUAUGAUGAAAGCCCUGAGAGCUUUCAGAUACUCCAACUGGGGCCAGUUACAACUCUCAUUCACAUUCCUGCUAAAAGAAAGUUUACAGUUGAUGACAUUUAUAACUGGAAAGAAAGGGGCAUCAUAGCUAAGCAAAUGUCCAAUUGGGUAGAGGAGAGAAUUGAGAAAAGGAAAGGCAGCCCCAGAAUCAGACAGCCUCAACAGAGUCAGAUGAUUUAUCACAAACACGUCAUGUUGGGAACAUCUUUGGCUCUCAUUACAGGACUUGUGUAUCUAUUAACAUGGAAUAGAAAUUUUAUUUUUAGUAGAAGUCUGGUGGCAGUUUUAGCUGUGUGUUUUGUGAACGUGAUGACAGCUGGUCAAAUGUGGACUUAUAUAAAAGGAGCACCAUACGCACAGUGGAAUCCUCACACAGGACACACACAUUAUAUCCACAGAGUGAGUUACUCUCAGUUUACAGCAGAAGUGUAUGUCGUUUCUCUGUUUAAUAUGUGGAUUACCCUGGGAAUUCUGCUCAUAGAUAAAGCUGCAACAUCUCCUAUGAACAUUAUGGUGAGGAAGAUAAUGAGUCUGACAGGGAUAUGCCUAGUUGUAAUAUUCUUCUGUUGGCUCCUCUACCUCUUCAGAAUUAAAAGACCUGACUAUCCAGUCAACGUUUUCAUGGGUUAAGACGAUCCUAGAGACAUAGAGAAACAAGAAAAAAAUUAAAAUGUGAAGAAAUGUGGAACACAGAAGUGUGAACUUAUGAUUUUUUUUAUGUGGUUGAUAUUUAGCCUAAGGAGAUGUGAAACCAAAGGAGAUAACAAUAGCACACCUCCUUUUCCUUUUAAAAAUCUGAAUUUUUAUAACAUGUAUUCUCAUUCACCAUUUUUCUUCCCAUUAAAUGUCAUGGACUGUCUGACUUAGUGAAUUAAAGUUAUUAAAAAUA